GGAGGAGAGCAGGCAUUGGAGAGAAGAGAGAGAAACCCUCCGCAGCCAUGGAGUCGAAAACGAGCCAGAGGUCUUCUGCGGGCUCUCAGAAGUCUGCUCCAGAUUCUCACCAGCCACCCGUGAGACUGGAGCGAUCCACCCAGGAUCUGUUUCUUAACUUCACCGUUGUCCUGAUUACGGUUCUCCUCAUGUGGCUCCUUGUGAGGUCCUACCAGUACUGAGAGGCCACGCCACACUCCCGGGAUUGACUGCGAGGCUCCGGAGCUGCCUGCUGAAUGCCCUGAGACCCCACUGCUGUCAUGGGGUGCCUUCCUUGGUACCCCAGGCCACCUCUGACCUGCACUCACAAUGUCUGAGGAGCCCCUGGUGGUGGGGCUGUGUGUUCUCCAAAGAUGCUGCUCUCAACGG